UUACAUGAACAAAUGGAAAGCAAACAAUGUGUCUUAAUGUGUGGGGUAACAGACAGUCUCUGGGUAAUUAAAAACCACCUCUGUUAACGGCUGUCUGUCCAACUGUCUCCAAGGAAACCAAGUGUAAACGGACGACAGAAGCCACGAGGGACAAAAAGCAAGAAAAUAGAAAUUGCUUGAGUGGACAGUCUGCUGAAAAUAGAUCAAAGGUUCGUUUGACAAAUGCCUACAGAAGCUCAGAGGAGACACACAACCGGAUUAGUUACUGAUUGAAGCAACAGAGACAAGUCUCAGUGGUGGCUCUUCUCAUCUGACUUUUGACUAUGAGGGCAAUGGAGGCGAAGAAGAGGAGAGACGCUGAUGAUGUGGAAGACGGCGAUGAAGAUGAUGCGAUGCAUUUAGGAGAGCUGGAAGGAGAAAAUGAUCAGGUGGUUUUAGGACCACAGAUGGAGAUCCUGGAUGUGCUGGAGGUCUCUGAUGAUGAAGAAGAAGAACGGAGACGGGCUGACCUCUUCGCUGCUUGUCGAAGCAACAAGUCAGAGGUGUUGCAGGGGCUGCUGAGGGCCGAUGCUGACCUGACGCUGUGUAACCACAGACAGCAGACCGCGCUGCACAUCAGCCCACCUGAGCUCCAGGAGAAAAUGGUGAGGUGGAUGACGAGGCCCCAUCUGUGCGCACAGGAGCAGCUGCUGCAGGCCGCCUGGCAGGGAGACCUGGGCUCUGUGAGGCAGCUGCUGUCUCAGACAGACAGUGUGGAUGUGAACAAUCCCAACAGUGACGGCGCAACAGCUGUGAUCCUCGCCGUCAGAGACGUCGACCUGUUUCAGGGCAUGGCGACGUGGUUACCAUGGGAACACAACCCUGUGGAGGUGGUCAGGGAGCUUCUAAAGUUGUCAGCUGAUUUGCGAGCUCGAGACCUCAACGGCUGCUCUGCCCUCCACUACGCUGCUAAUCUCAGCAGCCGUCUGAUGGAAGAGAUCGUUCCAGUUCUGAUGGAGGCUCUGGGUCACACAGAGGCUGAUCCUAAGUCCUUGUCGGAUCUUGAGAAAUACUUGUUCCAGGAUUUGGACUUUGGAGGUUCAGACACAGAGCAGGAUGCUGAGAGCCUUUUUCAUCAUCAGAAAGCAAGAAGACAUCAACACAGCAACCAUUCUCACAGCCAUACACGGGCAUCUCUGCAGACUUCAGGGAGUCUCCCUCAAUCUGACAAGAAGGAGUUCAGCCUAGAUAAGGGGAUUCCCACCUGUUCCCAAAACGCCAUGGAAACUCUGAAAAAUCCCGGACGAGCCAAUCAGGACGCAAGGAGGGGCAGCAGAGGUUUGUGUCUACCUAGCUUGUCCAGCAGUCAUAGACAUAGUGACCAUUCAGAUGCUCUACUGUCAUCUGGGUUUCUGAGUACCAGAACCGCGUGUCAGCCUGUUCCCCCCAGACAAAGGCAGAGGACAAGAAGUGUGGUUGAAGUCUCUCCGCCUUCCCACAGUCUGCUUUGUGUGCCAGAGUCCAGUCAACUCAGCCAAUCGGCCCCAAGCAUCAUGGAGCCACUUCUGUGCCCCAACACCAUGAUGCAGGCCAGAGCGCAUAUUCAGACCAGACUGAGCUCUCAAAGUACUUUAAAUGAUCAAAGGGGUCCUUUGCCAGCCUUCCACUCUUACACACCCAAGCUUCUGGUGCCCAUUGAGGGUCGCCCAAGACAUAGCAAGGCUCUGCCACCGCUGAAAUCCCAUGUUCCUCUAAAGCCCAUUAGCCGGAGCCCUUUUCGCAGCAGAACUGAACUGAGAAAAGAGAGGCAGUCCUGGGGCAGCUCAUGCAGUGGUCCUUCAAAGGCUGGCAGUGAGGAAAGUGGGUCCAGCAGCAGCAGCAGCCAGAGCUCCAUCAACUUGGAAAAUGAGGAUGAUUCUGGACAAAUCCAAGAAACAUCUAUCAAAGACAGAAAUCUGAAGUUUGUAAAAGAUAGAACGWUGCAGGUUUCAAAUGACAGAAUUACAUCGGAGGCAAAUUUUUUUGGAGAAACAACGCGACAUGUUAAAGCAGGACUGUGCUCAUUGGUCAACAGAUCAAUACAGGGUAGAGAAAGAGACCAUGUCAAUUGUACUAAUCCUCCAAGUGUAGAAAACACUGAUUCAAACCAUCCCAAGGAGGCCAAUAAAAGUGAGUGUGUAAAAGAAUGUAACCACUUUGAGAGUAAUAAAAAGUCAGAUGCAUAUGUGUUUAGUGAAGUCAAGCGAAACACGAGCCACACAACUGAGUCAAAGACUGGAAUAAGCAACAAAGCUAAAAAUGAUGCAAGGAGUCUUGAAGACGAUGCUACUGGUUGUUUUGAAGAAGAUUCUGAAAAUGAACAGAUGGAUCCAGAAAACACAGCGUCAGCUAGAAAUGUUGUCUGUGAUCAAGAAAACAAGGCAGAAGACGUAAGAGAGUGUAGUGCAGUUACUGCUGUGGAGAAAACCGGCUUCUUUCCUGUGGAUCCCAAGAARUACGAGAAGAUGUUUAAAGCCCGGAAUAAAGAGAGUAAAACUAGGAUGAACUUUCACUUGAAGGCAAAAAAUUCAACUAUUCAUUYUCUCAACAAAGAUGCAAGAGUCAUCAGUGGUAACCACUCCAAAAUUAACAUAAAGUACUCUGUCGUUCCCACAGUGGACAAAGACAAAAGCAAGAAAAUUAAAUCUGCUAAUGCGGCUCUCCUCAGUGUGGGUACUUUAACCCCACRUAACAUUUGUGAACCACACASCAAMAAAAYACAUCAGCUGAUAUCAAUGAGAGAGCUAAAAAGUGCCCAGCAGUUAAAGAAACCAGGUUUAGGUGGAAAACCCCCAAGAUCUAAAUCUGCUGUGGACCUCAUCACUUACAGAGACAUGUUUCAGCAGAUAGAGAGUGGCAGCGAAGGACCAGCCAUGUAUGAGAUGUUUGCUGGGCCAUUAUUUGAAAAUCUCCGGGUCUCCAGCUCAUGUGAGAAACCUAAAGAGAGACAACUACAGUGUACGCCAACAAGAAAGACAAAACAAAGCCACAAAAUAAAACAYAAACCAGUACAGAAUAAGCCAAAGAGAAACUCRUUGGAGAGCACAGYYACUUUGACUAAAAGCAAACCAAAACCUAUGUCAUCGCAAAUCAAAACACAGUCUACCACUAACAGCUGCAGAACAGACAAAAGCCCUAAACUCAAAGAUGAAACUGAUGAUGUGAAGGRUGUUGAGUUUAGUCAUAAAUCUUAUGAGGAUGAAUUUGAAGAUCACAUUUUAUCAACCAUAGUGGAAACUCUUUCUAAAAAUGGAUCUGAAACAUUACAACCACGUGAGAAAACUCUGACUGGACCCAUAACUCCCCUUUAUGAUGUUGAUUCUAGAAAUCACAAAACUUCAAGCAAAUCAACAAGAAACUCUGCUAAAAAAGAUCCACAGUCGGCUCAGUCACUAGGCCCUCAGCAGGCAAACAUCAACACUUGGACAUCCUCAGACAGUACCUGCCACACCCUGAUGUCACCAGUUUACAGGAAGUUUCUGGACGAGGUGGGGGAGGGUCCGCUGACAGAUGACCUACUGCAAUGUCUGGCAGAGGAGCUGAUCUCUUUGGAUGAGMGGGAUGUUUCUGCAGCUCUUGAAAACUCAGAACAUGGAAAAAAGGAGUUCCAUGAUGAAGAAGAGCAUGUAUCAGGAARAAAAGCACMUCCUGAGGUAAUAUUCACAGCCUAAACAUGAUUAAAUCCAGUUUCUAUGCUUUUAGU